AUGUUCUCCUUCAGGAUCGCAUUCGCCAUCGUCAUGGCUAUCACAUCCGUCAAUGCUCUCCCCAAAAGCGACGAUAUCAGUGUUGACAACUGCAGAAACCAUAUCGGCGAUUGUUUCUCAAACGGCUGCGCUGGUGUCUUCUCCUUCCCCGGUGAUACCAUUGGAUCUUGCACUGCAGGCACCUUCAACGGCUGCCCUUGUGAGAAAUGUGGUAGUGGUCACGGCUUCACUGGUGGCUGCGAGGACAAUGGAUGUGGUGGCGUCCAGGGAAUCUGCUCGGCUGGGCAAUACCAGGGUUGCCACUGUGUAUAG